AGAGGGGGACACCCGGAAGGAAGUGAUGCAAUCAUCUUAAUUGAGGUUGCUUAUAUAUAUACAGAGGUCGUUGAAGUUUCCUGCAGCACAUCCACACAUCGAGCUCUUACAGCCUGAACCAUCAGCUUCCAUACGUGGCUCGGAACACACACGGGCUUCUCCUGUUGGCUUCUGAAAGACGACGAACAUCAUCCCUUCACCGCUUUGAAUCCAGCGCACAAAAGUAAAGGUGCCAGAACAAUGAGGGUUACCAUACUAGCAUUUUGCCUGAUUGGAGCAGUUUUUGCCAACCCAAUUUCAUACAAUCAUGUCCUUUUGGACUCAAGUGAACUUGAUGCAAACACGACUGAAAGUUUGUCUGUUUCACAAUCAUCUGAAAACAGCACCUCGUCGCUUCAGAGCUCUGAAGAAAACAUCUCAAAUCAAGUGAAAUUAUCAGAAUCAUCAGAAUCAUCAGAAUCAUCAGAAUCCACAUCAGAGGACAAGACUUCGGAGGAGAGUGACAGUCAGUCAGAUGAGGAUCAUGUGACUGACUUUAUGGAAGAAACCAGAGACAACAGCAUGAGCAGUGAGGAGAAUGUGCGAAAGAGUUGGGUUCAGGCCUUUGCAAGUGUCGUCAAAGACCUGAGCACAGAGGACAACAGCAGCACAGAGGUCAGCGACGAGGUGACAGGGGCACUGCCCACUCUCACCCCCACCAGUGUGACUUUCAAACAGACGGCCAACGCCACCCAAGGUCAAACGAACCUGCAGGUGGCGAGGAACUCCACCGACAGCAGCAGCGAGAGCAGCAGCAGUGAAAGCCAUGAGAGCAGCGAGGCCAGUGACAGCAGUGAUGCCAGCGAGAGUGCAGAGGACAGCGACGCCAGUGACAGCACAGAGCUGGAACAGGUCAAAGCCAACGACUGUGUGAAUGGAACUCAGAGCUGUGAGAGCGAAGAGUACUUCUUCCAGGAUAUAGGAGACGACGCUCAUUACGCUGUGGACAAUCUGCUGGUGCCAGACGACGACGAAAGGGAGUUGAGUCUAAGGAGAUGAUUACAUGCACUUGUGCAGCUUUAGUGUUUCCCACUAUGAACUGAAACACCAUUAGAUGACAUCCCUGAAGACUUCAGGAUCACGCCAGGCUCCUGCCCAUCGCUUCUGAAUGUUGAUUCUUGAUAUCAUAUUGUUAUACCUGCAGCUGAUUGAUUUGUGUGUGUGAGUUUUUAUUAUUGUGAUGAUUAUGUAGCCCAGCAUUUACUAUGUUUUGAUGAUAAUAAACAAUUAAUAUAAACAUG